AUGGCGAUCAAGAAGCACUCUGCCGUGGUCGAGGAUCCGGCCCGUGCUGCCUUCCGCAGGACAUAUAGCUCCAACUCGAUCAAGACGCGCGCUGCCGAAGUCUCCGCGUCGUCGUUUGAGAAGAUCAAGCUCCUCGGCAAGGGUGACGUCGGCAAGGUCUAUCUCGUCCGUGAGAAGAAGUCGGGCUCGCUAUUCGCCAUGAAGGUGCUGUCGAAGAAGGAGAUGAUCAAGCGCAACAAAAUCAAAAGAGCUCUCGCCGAGCAAGAGAUCCUGACCAUGUCCAACCACCCCUUCAUCGUUACUCUCUUCCAUUCGUUCCAGUCAAACGACUACCUAUUCUUCGUGCUCGACUACUGCAUGGGCGGCGAGUUUUUCCGCGCCCUCCAGACACGCCCCGGCAAGUGCCUCCAGGAGGACCAUGCAAAGUUCUACGCCGCCGAGGUCAUUGCCGCCCUCGAGUACCUCCACCUCAACGGAUACAUCUACCGCGAUCUCAAGCCCGAGAACAUCUUGCUGCACCAGAGCGGCCACAUUAUGCUGUCCGACUUUGAUCUGUCCAAGCCCUCGGGUGAGCCGGGCGGUGCCGCUGCGGCUGUGCAGACGGGCGCGAACGGCGUCAUUCUUGUCGAUACGCGUAGCUGUAUUGCCGACUUCCGCACAAAUUCGUUUGUCGGAACAGAGGAAUACAUCGCCCCCGAGGUGAUAAAGGGCUGCGGCCACACGUCGGCGGUCGACUGGUGGACCUUGGGCAUUCUCGUGUACGAGAUGAUUUUCGCCACCACGCCGUUCAAGGGCGCCAACCGAAACACGACGUUCUCUAAUGUGUUGAAGAACGAGGUCCUCUUCCCCGAGGACCGCCCCGUCACAAGCCUGUGCAAGUCGGCGAUCCGCAAGCUGCUCAUCAAGGACGAGCACAAGCGUCUCGGCUCGCAGUCGGGCGCGUCAGAAGUCAAGCAGCACAAGUGGUUCUCGUCCAUCUCGUGGGGCCUGCUGCGGCACAUGACGCCGCCCAUCAUCCCCGCCGAGUCGAACGGCAUCGACGCCGUCAACUUCCGCACGAUCCGCGACUCGAAGAGCAUCGACUUCCUCGACGAGACGGACAUCAUCCACGGCCAAGCCGGCAGCCUGUCCGCGGCGGCCGGCACGCCGGGCAUGCUCACGCCCAAGGAGCUGGCCGAACCCGAAAAGAAUCCGUUCAACGAGUUCUCCAGCGUCACCCGCGACUUCACCGACGGCUACUAG